GAUUCGAAACACCUCGAAAUAAACAAGAUGUCAAGAACUGGACCACCAGCGGCAAAGCGGAGACGUAAAAAUAUCGAAAUUGCACGAUCUGAACAACAGCAAACCAAGAAUUUGAUGGAUCUUAAUGAUGAAUGUUUGCUAAAGAUUUUUCGAUAUUUGAAGCGUUCCGGAGAUCUGGGAAAGGUCGAAAAGGUUUGCAAACGAUUUGCUGAAUUUGCCGAGUACGCAUUCGUUUUGGAUAAUGGUGGCGCUCGUAUGGGAUAUUCUGGUAACUACGGCUAUGAACACACAGAAAAAAUGCUUCGCAUCAUCGGACGUCACAUUUCUUCGCUAUCAAUUUGGGAUUUUCAUUAUGGUAGAAAAACUUGGAACAAGAUAUUACUGUUGGUACAAGAAUAUUGCGCAAAGUUGAAAAAACUUCAGAUAAAAGGAUUCAUUGAUCGAAGUUUGUUUUCACAAUUGAAGCCGUUGUUCAAACGUUUGGAAAAAUUGUCACUUCACUGUGGCAGUUUGAGAAGCAGUGAUUUGGAUAUUAUGAAUAAUUUAAAAGCGCUGAAUGUUAGCGCUGGUGUUGAUAUGUUACUUCGCGGAUUUAGUCCGAUCAAACUGACCAAAAUGCAAGAAAUGAGUUUUCACGAUGCUUCCAAAAUUGACGAUGCAUCAAUGAUCCAUAUCAUAAAGUUGACCACAAACCUGAAGAAACUAUCAAUUUCUGGUGCAAAUAAUCUAACAACUGCAGUGUUUGAUGCGAUCGGUCAAUUGAAAGAACUGGAAGAGCUUGAAUUCUUAAAUCCAUAUAUGAAAACAUCUGAAAACUUCCAAGACGAUUUGAUGCAUUUGACGUCGUUGUGCAAACUCAAAAUAUUGAAGUUCAAUUGUGCAAAACAAACGUUAUACCCACUUCUUGAAGGACUCUCCACCAAUGGCUUUGCUCUCAUAGAGCUGGAACUCCAUAAUGGUUCUCCCAAUGAUCGUGUAUUUGAAAGCAUCUGCAAGAUAAAAACAUUGAAGAAGUUGAAUCUGUUUUAUAUGAACGGGCUCAAAGACGAACACAUCCUUGAAAUUGCCAAAGAAUUGAAAUUGCUUUCGGACAUUUUUAUCCGAAUUUCUCCAUCACUUAGUCAACUUGGAUUGCGGAGUUUGAAACCAAAUUCAAAAUGUCAACUAACUAUUUCCACGUGGUAA